AACACUGUCUCUCUCUACUUCCUCUCUCUUCAUCUUCAUCUUAUUCUUUCUUCUCCUAAUAUGUAUAUAUAUGUGUGAAGUGUUUCAUGGUGAAGGAUCCCAUUACCUUUGAUAACAAGUUCAAGCUAGCUACCAAGUUCAGUUUUCCUCAAUCACCAUCUCAAAAACCACCAUUUCACUUCAUGUAACAUCUCAUUUCCUUAACUCAACAACACUGUUCAUUAAGAUUCAUUCUCUCAUCUCAUCAACCCAUUACAGAUUCUUUUCUUUUCUCCUUCUUGGUUUUCGAAUCUUCAGGUCCACGAAUUGCACUAGUUUCUGCAUAUUGGUUUUGUUGUCAUAUGGGGAUAUCCUUCUCAUGUCCAUUUGCCAAGUACAAUGAUGUGGAAGAUAGCUUAGAUUCUGUGGUUGUAAAAUCCAUCAACUUUGGCAAUGAUGAAAUCAAGACUCCAGUACGAUCUGUUAGUUUCAAAAAAGAAGAUUUAGAACCCACCAUUCUGAAAUCUCUAGGUUCUGGAAAGAUGACAAUAGAGACAUCAGUGAGCUUCAAAAGAAAAGACAUUGAUGACAUUAUCUCCACCAACACUUUGUCAUUUGACAAAGAGGAAAACAUGCCUAUCGCAAGGACUGCCAAAAAGAUCAAAGAAAUGGAUGAUAUGCCACUCAAGUCAGAGAAUCAAAUGGAAACCAUCCAAUCAGCACUUCUAAAUCCAAGCAGCCCCAAACACAUUGCUGCUCUUAAAUUGCAGAAAGUGUACAAGAGCUUUCGUACCAGAAGAAAGCUAGCAGAUUGUGCCAUUCUUGUUGAACAAAGCUGGUGGAAGCUUUUAGAUUUUGCUGAACUCAAGCGCAGCUCCAUAUCUUUCUUUGACAUUGAGAAACACGAGACUGCAGUUUCUCGUUGGUCUAGAGCAAGAACUAGAGCUGCCAAGGUUGGAAAAGGUUUAUCAAAAGACGAUAAAGCUCAAAAACUUGCUUUACAGCACUGGCUUGAAGCGAUUGACCCACGCCAUCGCUAUGGACAUAAUCUACACUUCUAUUAUGAUAAGUGGCUUCGGUGUCAGAGCAGAGAACCCUUCUUCUACUGGCUAGAUAUAGGAGAAGGAAAGGAAGUAAAUCUUGACAAGUGCCCUCGUUUCAAACUUCAACAGCAGUGUAUUAAAUAUCUGGGUCCGAUGGAAAGAUUGGCAUAUGAAGUUGUUGUGGAAGAUGGAAAGUUCUUCUACAAGCAAUCAGGAGAACUCCUUAACACCACUGGAAAAGAUGCACAUGCCAAGUGGAUUUUUGUCCUUAGCACAUCCAAGACAUUGUAUGUUGGCAAGAAAUCAAAAGGUUCAUUUCAGCAUUCUAGCUUCUUGGCUGGAGGAGCUACAUCAUCUGCUGGGAGACUAGUGGUUGAACACGGUGUCUUGAAGGCAGUUUGGCCACACAGUGGACAUUAUCGACCAACAGAAGAAAAUUUUAAGGAAUUUAUUUCAUUCCUUCAAGAGAACAAUGUUAGCCUUUCAGAUGUCAAGAUGGAUUCAGUUGACGAGGCUGAUGAAUUACGUUCUCUGAGAAGUGGUCAUCUUAGAAGCCACUCCUCUGAAGAGGACUUCACUGAGAACAUGAAUGGCCUGGAGAUUGAAGAUACCAUUAUUGAAGGCUCAGCUGCAAAAGAGAAGGCCAAUUUGAUUCAAACUGAGAGGGCUUCUGCAGCGAUGACACCUGGCCCAAGGCAGUUUCAAAUUCUUGGAAGAGAACUUAGCAAUCUUGAAAUACCAAAAAGGGAUGGUCAUGUGUUUGAAGGACUAGAAAAAGAGGUAGAAGGUGUUGAAGAAAGUAGUGAGAGUUUGGAAAUGGAAUCUGAGUCAGUUGAUGAAGAAACAACACAAGAGAAAAAGUGUUGUGAUGAUAAUGAUGUAGAAAGCAUUCCACCAGAGUCCAUACUGAAAAGAAUAAACUCACAUAAAGAAAUGAAAUCAUAUCAGCUGGGGAAGCAGCUAUCAUGCAAAUGGACAACUGGUGCGGGACCACGCAUUGGAUGUGUGAGAGACUACCCUUGUGAGCUUCAGUUCCGAGCAUUGGAGCAAGUUAAUCUGUCUCCAAGAAGUGGAUCACGCCAUAAAUCAUCCUUGACUCCUAGAAACACCACUUUGUUGAACUCUAGUCUUUCAAAUGUAGCAAGCUUAUGUGGGGACACAAGUAUUGAACCACUUCACAUUGCUCAAAGAGGUGAGCAGAAUAGUUCAAGAUCAGAAUGCUCCCCUUUGUUCAGAGGAACAUCAGUUAUACCAGUUAUUCAUACUUCAUGAGUGGAUAGGAGACUCCAUUGUUUUAUUCUUUUUUACUUCAUAGGUAACCCAACAGUUGUAUUUUUGUUAUUCUUUCCAUUGAUUCACACAGCCAUUCUUUUUUCACUCAUGUAUAGUACUAUAUCAUAGGAUCAAAAUUGUAAAAUUAUCAUGGGAUCUAUUUAUUCUCCCAUUACAAAGGAAA